AUGGCAGGCCCCGACAGUCCGGGCUACUACUCCGUAACUACAACGCAUAUCCUGACCGACGCCACCAAAGCAAGCAUGACACGAACCCAGCGCCAUGUGCACGGAAAGCCCGCAGCUUUGCCCGGCAAGGAUGAGGGCGACAGCAACCGCCGCAACGGUCUACAUAAGGGAGAGGGGGCUCGCUCCUUCUUGACUCGAUCUUGUCUUCUCUGGCCCUCACGCGAACAUCUAAUCGUCCUCGUUGGUGUCAUUUGUUUACUCAACAUGGCCCCCAGCUUCUUCGCCUCAAUUCUUCCUACCGCCGUGGCCGUGCUUGUGGCCCUCGGUGGUGCCGAUGCCCAGAGCUCAACAUCGGACAGGUUCACCUGGGUACAGCCUGCUGACACUGUGAUCCUGGGUCAAUACGGACACUCGCCGGCCGUCUAUCCUGCGCCAAACAUCACUGGUGCUGGUGGCUGGGAAAACGCCCUCCAGAAAGCCCGUGACUUUGUCUCCCAACUUACCGUUGAGGAGAAGGCCGUUAUUGUCACCGGCUCAGCGGGACCUUGUGUCGGCAACAUCGCUGGUAUUCCGCGCCUUGGCUUCAACGGCCUCUGUCUCCAGGAUGGUCCCCUGUCCAUCCGCAUGGCCGACUAUGCCAGUGUCUUCUCUGCUGGUGUUUCUAUCGCUGCCACUUGGGACAAGAAGAUGAUGUACGACCGAGGCGUGGCCAUGGGCAAGGAAUUCAAGGCCAAGGGCGCUCACAUCGCCCUGACUCCCGUUGCGGGACCCCUGGGUCGCUCAGCCUAUGCAGGCCGAAACUGGGAGGGAUUCUCAGCCGACCCGUAUCUCACGGGCGUCGCUAUGGAGACCUCGGUCCGUGGCCUUCAAGAUGCCGGUGUGCAAGCCACUGCCAAGCACUGGAUCGGAAACGAGCAGGAGAUCAUGAGAAACCCCAUUUUCGAUCCCAACGGCACACUGACUGACGUCAAAUUUGAGGCUAUCUCGGCCAACAUUGAUGACCGCACCAUGCACGAGGUCUACAUGUUCCCCUUCGCCAACUCAGUCAAGGCUGGCGUCUCGGCCAUGAUGUGUUCCUACCAGCGCUUGAACGGCUCUUAUGCCUGCCAGAACUCCAAAUCUACCAACGGCCUGCUCAAAGGGGAGCUUGGUUUUGAGGGCUACGUCAUGUCCGACUGGGGUGCAGUUCACUCUGGCGUGGCAUCCAUCGAGGCCGGUCUCGACAUGAACAUGCCGGGAGGCCUCGGAAACUAUGGCUUCAUUUUCGGCGAAGGCUCGGGCUCCUUCUUCGGCGGCAAUAUCACCCAAGGAGUCAACAACGGAACCAUAGAGACGACCCGACUUGACGACAUGAUCAUGCGCAUCAUGACCCCCUAUUACUGGCUCGGCCAAGACAAGGAUUACCCCUUGGUUGACCCUUCAUCCUCGUACUUCCUCGAGCAAACCCUCUUCCCCAGGAACCUGUGGAACAAGAAUGUCGACAUGCUCGUCGGCGGGGAGGCUAGCCGGGACGUGCGUGAGAAGACUACUGCCAAGCUGAUCCGCGAGCACGGGGCAGCUGCCGCUGUGCUCCUCAAGAAUGUCAACAAGGCCCUGCCGCUCAAAUCGCCCAAGUCUGUAGCCAUCUUUGGCAAUGACGCCGGCGACCCCACCCAGGGUCACUACAACCAGCCCAACUAUGAGUACGGCACGCUGACUGCUGGUGGCGGCUCUGGCACCGGGCGAUUGACAUCUAUCGUAACCCCCCUUGAGGCCAUCAAGAACCGCGUCGCCCAGGACAACGGAAUUGUUCAGGCCUGGUUGAACAACACCCUUAUUGCCACCACUGACAUCCGCUCCUUGUGGAUUCCCAAGCUUCCCGAUGUCUGCAUCGUGAUGCUCAAGACUUGGGCUGAGGAGGCCGAUGACCGUCACGAUCUUUACGUUAACUGGAGGGGUAACGAGGUCGUCGAGUCCGUCGCUGCGCAGUGCAACAACACCGUCGUAGUCACGCACUCCUCGGGCAUCAACGACCUUCCCUGGGCCGACCACCCCAACGUCACCGCCAUCCUGGCCGCCCACUACCCUGGCGAGCAGUCGGGCAACUCCCUCGUAGACCUGCUCUGGGGUGAUGUCAGCCCCUCGGGCAAGCUCCCUUAUACCAUCGCCCUCAAGCCAGACGACUACAACGCGCCCCCUACCACCAACAUCACCACCAACGGCAAGGAGGACUGGCAGUCUUACUUUGACGAGAAGCUCGAGAUCGACUACAAGUACUUUGAUGCCCACAACAAAUCCGUUCGCUACGAGUUCGGCUUUGGCUUGAGCUACACGACCUUUGCACUCGCCGAUGCCAAGGUUUCCCAGGUCGCCAAGGAGAUUCCCGCCCGCGCCCCGGCCGCUACCGACGGGCCCCACCCCGGUGGCAACCCAGCCCUCUGGGAGACUGUUUAUCGCGUCUCUGUCUCGCUCAGCAACACGGGUGAUGUUGCCGCCGCUGCCGUCCCCCAGCUGUACGUCCGGAUGCCGGGAGCUCCGGCUGGAACUCCCCCUCGUCAGCUGCGCGGCUUCGAACGCGUCCAACUGGCUGCUGGCGAGACCAAGACUGUCGACUUCAACCUGAUGCGCCGUGACAUCUCGUACUGGGAUGUCGUGCUGCAGGACUGGAUCAUUCCCGGCGGUGAGCUUGGCUUCGAUGUCGGCUUCAGCAGCCGUGACAUCAAGGUCAGCGCCUCGGCCAAGCCGAUUGCUUGA